AUGCUGUCUUAUGAAAAUAAGGUUAUACUUGCUCCUAUGGUUCGUAUUGGCACCUUACCCAUGCGCCUGUUGGCUCUACGCUUUGGUGCAGAUAUAGUGUAUUCCGAAGAGUUGAUGACUGGAAAAUUUUUACGUUCUAAGCGCAGGACAGUAGAUUUUGUUGACCAAACGGAUGGGACCAUCGUUUUUCGUACAUGUGAGGAAGAAAAAGAAAAAGUUGUGCUUCAGCUUGGCACAUGCAGUCCUGAGAGAGCUUUGAAGGUUGCAAAACUAGUUAUAUUGAACACUUUGGUUGAAAAUCUAUCAAUACCUGUAACAUGCAAAAUAAGGAUUUUAGAUACAAAAGAGAAGACUCUUGAAGUGGUUCAAAAAUUAGCACAAACAGUGGCGGUUUCUAAAGAAAUAGAAAAAUAUGCUGAUAUAUUGAAGUUUAAGGAAAUGACUGGUUGUAUUGUAGAUAAUGCCUCGCAAGUACGUGCGCAAAGUAGGGGCAAGCCUCGAGCUGGAUGGACGGAAGAUGCCCUAAGAGAAGCUUUUGAAGAAAUGAGGCAGAAUAAGCACGGCUUGAAUGAAAUAUCUCGUCGUUAUGGAAUUCCUGCCAGGAAGAUAACAAAAAAAGGCCAAGAGUAG